AUGCACAAAAAUGAUACCCAUCUAAGGCCUACUACUAGCCUGGAACUGGCCCAACAGGAUCAAUUGCUCAUACACAGCAACCAGGCGGAGAGCAACAUAGCUAUCACUGGGGAAACACUGGGCAACCAACAGCAGCAGCAGGAGAUCAGCAACCAAGCAGUUGCACAAAAAAUGAAUGAACAGAUUAGCAGCCAGGAGAUGAAACUGACUUUGCUACAGAAGAAGGUUGACAACAUUUCAGUCGUCAUGAGAGAUGUGAGCCGGACACUUUCCUCUCUGGAAGGCAAAAUCAAUGAAGAUAAGGGCAAAGAUUUUGUGGCGUUUCUAAAAGGUUUCAAAUCUAAAGGCGUGACUGAACUUAUCAAAGAAAUUGUAAAAGAGCAGUUUAAAGCCUUCCAAAGUGACAUGCAAGAGACAGUGGCUCAGAUUUUCAAGAUUACAUCGGAUCUCUCUGAAGAUCUUGAGAAUACCAAAGGGUUGGUCAAAAGUUUGAAUAAAUCCUGCCAAAAAUUUGCCCUUGAUAUUGAAAAUAGACCUACAAGGGUAGAAAUUCUAGAUAUUCGAACCCAGAUCUUGCAUAUUGAAGAAGACAUAAGCUUUGUAUGUGAGAAGCCAAUCGAAGAACUGCAAGAAAAGCAGAGGUCUUUGGAAAUUGACCUAGAGCAUCAAAGUUCAAGGAGUGAUAUUUACUAUGACUCCCUGAACAAAACUCUUACUCAAAUGAAAGAAGCACAUGAACAACUUUUAUCAGCUGAACGAAGCUCAGACCAAAAUGUCCCCAUAGCUGCUGAAUCAAUGAGUGAUAAUCUUACAAAUUUCAUGACAAGUUUACAGGAGAAAAUGAAAACACAGAGCCUGAUGGUUUUGCAGCUCUAUGAUGACCUCAGAAUCCAAGAUACCAAGAUCAAUAAUCUUACCAUCUCAUUAGAAAUCCAGAGAGAUAAUUUACAAGGUAGAUGUGAUAACAUAUUGUCCAAGUGCAGAAGUGACAUCCAAAUGCAAAUGAAGGAUGUGGAAGGGGACAUUCAUUCCUUAAAUAAAACUGUGGAGAAUCUUGUGUUUCCCUUGGAUGAUAAGAUGAAGAAAAUGAAUGAGCAAAUUAAUGACCUCUGCUAUGAUAUGGAGAUUCUCCAACCCUUGAUUGAACAAGGAGUUCCUUUCAGCCUUACAUCAGAGGAUGAAUUGAGACUUGAAACAGAUACUAUUAGCCGAAAACUGGAGAAUUUAACCAGUGUGGUGACAGGGCUGAGCUCCACCAUGGAGAAACUCCACAAAAACCAGGAGGUACUUAAAAAUGAAACUCAAGCUCAUGAUGAAAUUUCUGAGAGGCAUAUUAAUGAAUGUUUUGUUUUAAUGGAGGAUGGAUUAAACAAGACCAUGAUGGUUAUCAACGGUGCUAUUGAUUCCAUCCAAGAUAACUAUGUGCUAAAAGAAACACUGAAUACCUGGAAAAAUGAGACAGAAGCUUGCUGCAGUCACAGGGAGAAGAUGGAGAAUGUAUUUAUGUUAAUACCACAAUUUCAAAAGAUGAAUGAAUCCCUUCAGAUACUAGUCAACCAAAAUGAGAAACCAAAAAGAAUUUGGCCCUCUGCAGAAUCUUCCUUUGAUAAACGGAACGUCCAUCACCUCAGCAGAGGUCACCCUAACCCAAACACAACAUUAUUAAAUGUUCAAGAGCACCAGCAACACAUAGGUCACCAGGAUGAGAAAAUAUUGCUCGGCAGUCAUGAAUACAAUGAUCUUGAAGUGCGUCUUCAGGCUGUGGAGGCAAAAAUCAUCAAAUUUUUGGCAAACAAUUGCGUCUCAGUAAGGAACGUGAAAGCAGCUGCAACAGAGAAUGAGAAAGCAGUCUCUCUUCAGCUUCAGACCUUCAAUUCCAGAAUCAGGGCUCUUGAAGCCAAAAGCAUCCGUUUAUCAUUGAGCAUCCCUCUCUUAAACAAGACAGCCAAUGAAGCAAGGAAUUUGUGUCAGGAUGUCUCUGGAAGGAUUAGAGAGAUGAAUACCAGCAUUCCCAAACUGAUGCCAACUGUUCACUCAGGUGGCAUACUAUUUCAGAAAGGCUUCCAAGAGCUCACGGGCACCAUGGUGGAGGCCAAAACAGAAACACUGCUGGCCAACCUAACCUGGUAUGUAGACAAGUCCCUAGAAGAGGCAGUAGACACGAUAACCAAACGUCUAAAGACAACUGCUACUAUUCCAAAGAAGUCAUUACCAGGGAAAAAGAUGCCUGUGAAUACCAGUGCAAACCAGGCUGGGAGAAGUCAGAGAAACACUGAUUCUACUUUAGAAGCAGGGGAUUAUCUGAGCUGCAGCAGCUCCCCGUGUCAAAAUGGAGGGACCUGUGUUAAUGAAAGGAAGGGCUUUGUCUGUGCUUGCCGUUAUCCUUUUGGAGGAGCCAACUGCAGUGCCAAGAUGACGGAGGAAAAUGCUGCAGCCAUAGAUUUUUCAAAGGGAUCUUACAGAUAUGCACCAAUGAUCGCCUUUUUUGCUUCACACACCUAUGGGAUGAACACACCCGGUCCUAUUCGAUUUAACAAUCUGGAUGUCAACUAUGGGACCUCAUAUGUCCCAGCAAGUGGAAGGUUCCGUGUACCCUACUUGGGAGUAUAUGUCUUUGAAUAUAACAUUGAAUCAAGCAGCCCAUUCAUCUCAGGCUAUCUGGUGGUCGAUGGAACAGACAAGCUAGCUUUCCGAUCUGAAAAUGGAAGUGAUGACAAAUAUGUUACUAGAGUAGUUACUGGAGAUGCUUUAUUGGAACUGAACUAUGGACAGGAAGUCUGGCUCAGGCUGGUGAAGGGCUCUAUCCCAGCAAAAUAUCCACCUGUAACUACAUUUAGUGGCUACUUAUUGUACCGCACAUAAAAGCUGUCACCCAAUAUUUCUUCCCUGUUGCUUCUAACUUCUUUCUACCCAAAUAAAGGAAAUCUCAUUUAGGGUUGCCACCUCUUGUUUGGUAGAUUUCCUGUGCCUCUAAUUUUUGCAGCAUAGACACAAAUGAGAUAGGAAAUACAUUUCCCAACCUUGCAUUCCAGUGCUGGAAAAAGGUCUAUCAGUGCCUUUCUUGCAGAAGAACUUUACCAAAAAACAGAUGGUAACUCAGCCAUUUGAACAAUGACAAAGAGCUCAUCCUCAGUCUUUCCCAACCUUGGCAACUUUCAGGUGUGCAGAUUUCAGCUCCCAGAAUUCUUAUCUAUGGCCAUGCUGGCUGUGGAAUGCUGAAGUUUGAGGUCAACACGUAUAGAAAUGGCAAGAUUAGGAAACAGCGUCAUGCACGAUGUUAUGAAUAUUAUAAGCAUGUAAAAGAGUCUAUGGAGAACAGGUAAUGUUAAUUAGACUUUGAUAGCUCAUGAUAUUCACAUGAUAUUAGCUAAGGUAAAUUGACUUCAGACUUGCAGGAUUGACUGUUUUGUUUUUAUUAGAAAAACUUAAGUUAUUCAGCUUUAACAUGUUCUGCCUUCUGUUGAAUUAAACAUUAUAGCAUUUUUGGGAAAGCUCUGAAGGUUGUAUCUGAAGCGUUGGAGGAUUACUUGUGGUCCUAGUAAUAUGCUAAUAGAUUCUGAUCUGAUCAUUUCUGAAACCAUGAUUGUGUUCAUCUACAACUUGUAUUUGAAUGGUUCUGUUCCCAUGUCAAUGGAGUGAAAAGACCCAGGUGAUAUAUGCUCCUUUUAAAUGUAGACCUUUCAUAAAUUCUCUCUGCAGCCAUAUGAAGCAGUAUCAUGAAAAACUUUCAACAGAUUAGGAUCAGGGUGGCAAACUGUUUUCCAGUCAGGGAUUGUGGCCUUUCUUAAUUUUGUUUUGUUUUUUGUUUGUUUUAACUUUAGUUUAGCUUGGUUUCAAGAGUGCCGUAGUAAUGUAUUCAUGUCACUAGAGGAGGUGGUUACAGAAAAUAUGACUUGCUUUUUGUACAUUUUGGGUUGGUUGAGGGGCUAGGAAAGUUAAAAUGGUAACAUAGGCACUAAGCAUAACACAGGUUAAUGUGCCUCCUUUUGCCGUUAUUUUUUGCCCUUAUUUUUGAAAGCAUUUUGUGCCUUAUGCAUUUUUGCCGUUAUUUUUAAAAAACAAAUGGGGAAUAUCAAGCUGCUGAAAAUGCAGUGAUUUAUUUCCAAAUUUAAGCUGCCUGAUCUUGGGGAAUUCUAGAAGCUGAAGUUUCUGGGGGCUGAAUGGGGCUGAAGUUUUCCUACCCUUGAAUUAGGAGGAAGAUCCAGAUUGGUGAAAUGAAGUUAACUUCAUUUGCCAAAUUCAGUAUGUGGUUGAAACUAUAUGCAGAAUUCUACAUUAUUCUUCCAGCACUUCACCAUAUAUAAUCAAGAGGCUUACAUCUCAUAACAAAAUUAAAUUUUAAUGUUCUUAUUUACCCAUGCUGCAUUUUAUACACAUUUUGUAGUUACACAAAAUUAAACUAUAAUUGUACUGUGCAAACUAUCAAUUUAAACACUGAAUUUCCAAGAUGUGUAUUUUUGGAGUUUUUUAAUAAAUUGUGUGUCAUGCA